GGGCGGUCGGCGGUGAGGAGAGCGCGGGCUGCUGCUGAGGCGAGGGCCCGGCGCGCCGCCAUGGCGGACGGAGACGUUUCUGUAUCGAAGAAGCACAAGAAAAAAAAAGACCGGAAAGAAUUAGCAGAUGAAGAUGUCGCUGAAAUACAGCACAUGGGUGAAUUCUUCAUCAAGCCUGAAUCCAAAGUGGCUCAGUUGGACACAUCUCAAUGGCCCUUAUUGCUAAAGAAUUUUGAUAAGCUAAAUGUACGAACAACGCAUUACACUCCCCUUCCAUCCGGAUCCAAUCCUCUCAAGAGAGAAAUUGCUGAGUAUGUCAGGACCGGUUUCAUUAACCUCGACAAGCCCUCCAACCCCUCUUCCCAUGAAGUGGUCGCUUGGAUCCGGCGAAUCCUCCGGGUGGAAAAGACAGGACACAGUGGAACGCUAGAUCCCAAAGUGACAGGAUGCUUGAUUGUGUGCAUAGAACGAGCUACCCGCUUGGUCAAAUCCCAACAGAGUGCAGGCAAAGAGUAUGUGGGAAUUGUUCGGCUGCACAAUGCCAUUGAAGGCGAGAUUCAGCUUUCCAGGGCCCUGGAAACUCUCACAGGUGCACUGUUCCAGAGGCCACCUCUCAUUGCUGCUGUCAAGAGGCAACUCCGGGUCCGAACCAUCUAUGAAAGCAAAAUGAUUGAGUAUGAUCCUGAAAGGAGAUUAGGUAUCUUCUGGGUGAGCUGUGAGGCUGGAACAUACAUUAGAACACUCUGUGUCCACCUCGGCUUACUGCUGGGAGUUGGAGGUCAGAUGCAAGAGCUCCGAAGGGUCCGUUCCGGAGUUAUGGGAGAAAAGGAUCACAUGGUCACCAUGCAUGAUGUUCUAGAUGCUCAAUGGCAAUAUGACAAUAACAAGGAUGAAAGUUACCUGAGGCGGGUCAUCUACCCUCUGGAGAAACUCCUGACUUCCCACAAGCGACUAGUCAUGAAAGACAGUGCGGUCAAUGCAAUCUGCUAUGGGGCCAAAAUCAUGCUUCCUGGGGUUCUGAGGUAUGAGGAUGGAAUUGAAGUCAAUCAGGAGAUUGUGGUCAUUACCACCAAAGGCGAGGCCAUUUGUAUGGCCAUCGCCUUGAUGACCACAGCCGUUAUCUCUACCUGUGACCAUGGCAUAGUGGCCAAGAUUAAAAGAGUGAUCAUGGAGAGGGACACAUAUCCUCGCAAGUGGGGCCUGGGGCCAAAGGCAAGUCAGAAGAAACUGAUGAUCAAGCAAGGUCUUUUGGACAAGCACGGCAAGCCCAACGAGAGCACCCCACCAACUUGGAAGCAGGACUACGUAGACUAUAGGGCAACUGUGAAGAAAGAGCCAGUAACCCCAGUUACUCCAGUUGCGGUGGCCAAGGUACAGAAGAGAAAGAGGGAAAGUGGAAGUGAAAGUGAUGAGGUAGCUCCUUCCAGCCCAGUUACUCCAAAAUCAGAAGAAAUAAGUAAGAAGGAAAAGAAAAAGAAGAAAAAGGAAAAGAAGGCUAAAGAAGCAGUAGAGAGUGGAGGCGAGUCGAUGGAUGUGGUAUGUAUUAUGAAGUGGUAAAGUAAAUUGAAGUUAGACAGGGAGCAGGGAUAAUGAAGAGGGUCUGAUGGUAAACUAACAUUCCAUUGGUUAUGCACAAUUUUUUAUAAUAUACAUUUCUACAUGAACUUAAAUAGGGCUGAAAGGAAGCCAGUGGUUUAGAAACCUUGGCAAAGGGACCCCAACUGUACUGUUGUAAGUACUGUUGAUUGUCAAUCAAGAAAAGUAAGUCUUUGUUGAAUUUAUUCGUUUCAGGGCAGCGAUAGUACCAAAAAGAAGAAGAAAAAGAAGAGAGCAAAAGAAGCUGAGGAAAGUUCCGAGUGAUUGGGAAAGAACAUCCAUUACUUGAGCAUAUUGUCUGUCUGGAUGAAACGAAUUUUGAGGCCUUAACCAAGGGUUCGUUCCCACAGGAAUGGGGGAAAGAUGCACCACGGGAAUGGACAAUGGAGGUAGCAUGUUUUUUGCUCUGCUGCCUAAAUUAUAUGGAGCGUUUGGUGGUGUAGUACAAAGUGGUCAUCCCCUCAACGUCCUGUUUUAAGGAUCUCUGAGGGGCGGGUGAGAAGCGUCCCUUGCGUUGGACAAGUCCGUUCUCCAGUUUAGAGCAGCUGGAGAAAUCGCACACUUUGAAAUACCAUGAGUCAUCCAACUGCUGCAGCCUGUUGUCACUUUUACAUUUACCAAUGUUUUAUUGCAUUUCCAUUGAAUGGGAGUAUUUAAAAAAAAGUCACCUGCCUCUCCUCUUUUAAAAGAGUUGAGAGGUAGAUCUUCAAAGAUUAAGGGGUUUUGUGUGAGUUCAGUUUAAAUGAGCUGAAUCCCUCACUGAACAGUGAGGGGAAGAGAAAAGGUGAUGGGCAGCACCAACCAUAUCGUUUCAGGUCAACAAACUACUACAGGUCCAGACUGUGAUCGGGUCCGGGUCGAGAAUAACGAACUGGUCCGGACUCUGGUAUUGAAAGUGACAAAGCAAAUGUCAAUUUUGGAUGAUGAUUGAUGUUUCACUAUCACUGUUCUCAUGCUUCAUUCAUACCCCAUCUCACUGGUGGAGAAGGGGGGGUCUUUUAAAGAGCCAAUUUUAAUGCAUCCUACAGAGUGAAUGGGAAUUUACAUCAGCCUACCCUGGCCUCAUAUAUUUCUGACCACGGUAUCUCCGUGUGUGUCGACAAGAAUGCACUACUUUUGCAUUUGGGUGAAAUCCUUUCUGUCUGGAACUGUCCAAUGAAAUCCCCUUAGUCUAUUUUUGUUCCUGUCCAAGUCAAGAGGGGGGAAACAGCUAAUAAUGGUUGUCCCAUAUAGGGGAAAAUUGGUUAUAAUUUUUAUUUACUUUUUUAUAAAAAAAUAAACCUAAUUU